AGGGACUCUCUUCUUCUUCUUUUUUUUUUUUUUAAUUAUUAUUAGAGGAUUUCUUUUCGUCCUUCAAAGAGGAAAAAAAAAAAAAAAAAAAAAAAAGAUGAACGACGCAGAGGUAUCGGCUCGUGUUCAGCAGAUGGUCGAGUUCAUCCGGCAAGAAGCCGAAGAGAAGGCGAAGGAGAUCGCCAUAUCCGCGGAGGAGGAGUUCAGCAUCGAGAAGCUUCAGCUGCUGGAGGCAGAGAAGCAACGCAUCCGCAAAGAGUAUGAACGGAAAGAGAAGCAGAUCGAGACCAAGAAGAGAAUCGAAUACUCUAAUCAACUGAAUGCAUCGCGGCUGAAAAUUCUGCAAGCGCAAGACGACAUAGUGCGCGCGGUGAAGACGAAGGCGGAGAAGCAGUUGGCCUCCAUAUCCGCGAACAUCACAGCUUAUAGAGUAAUACUGAGGGGGAUCUUGGUACAGAGCUUGAUGAGACUGAGAGAGCCAGCAGUAGCGUUGAGGUGUCGACAAGGGGAUUUGAAAUUAGUGGGGGAAGUUCUGGACACAGCCAUAGACGAGUAUAUGACGAAGACGGCGUCGGCAUCGAGACCCAGUGUGGUAAUCGACACGCGGAACUACCUCGCGCCGCCGCCCACUCCGAAUCCUAACGAGGCGGAGGGGAGUUGGGGAGGAGGAGGAGGAGGAGGAGGAGGAGGAGGAGGGGGAGGGGGGGGGUAUUGCUCUGGAGGGGUCGUUAUGGGGUCAAAGGACUGGCGAAUUGUAUGCAGCAACACGCUGGAUGCAAGGCUUAAUAUCGCAUUCAAACAGAAUCUACCAGAAAUACGCAAAAUAUUGUUCGGAAAGGCCAGAAAUGGGCUAAAGAAGGCUAUUUGACAGGACUGUCUACGUGGGUGGCUAAGGAGGAGGGUGCCGUCUCACAGUAGAACUGGAGGGAAUGAAUCAGGCGGGAUUUUGCGACCACGCGCGUGGAGGAGAGAGAGAUCCGAAAUACGCGAAGGAAGGUUGUUCGGCAGGACCGUCUACACUGGUGGCUAAGGGGUAAGGGCAUUGUUCACACUAGAAGUCGACAGAGCGAAUCAGGCCGUAAUUGCGGUCAGGUACGUCCAGGGAAGCCCGAAGAUAGGCCGAGGUUGUUCGGCAGACGGUCUGCGGAGGUGGACAAGUCACAAGGGCGUAGUCACACGAGAACUCUAGGGAGUGAAUCCAGCUGCAUUUGCGGUCAGGUGCGUUCAGGACAUUCUCACACUAAAAUUUGCGGGAGUGAAUCAUGCAGCAUUUGCAGUCGGGUGCAUUCAGGAAAGUCGUUCGCCAAACCUUUCCAACGUGGUGUCUAAGUUCAUACUUAUUACUCACACUAGGACUUUUUGGACUUUGCUCUGGACGUGAUUACGGUCAGAUGCAUCUAGGUCUGGCCGUAAAGUGCCAGUGCGAGUAUGCCCUCACGGAGUCACGCUACAACUUGCACCCGUGAAUCAGGAAGCAUUUGCGCUCAGAUGCAUCCUGGAAAGUCUUUGUGUGGCUGUUGGCUCGUCCCUGCCUCCACGUGGACGAUGUCUGUGCUGUCCGUGAGGCAUUCAUUUAAACACCUACACAUUGAAACGCUCUCUCUCUCUCUCUCUCUCUCUCUCUCUCUCUCUCUCUCUCUCUCACGCUCUCUCUCUCUCUCUCACGCUCUCUCUCCCUGUCUCACGCUCUCAGACGCUCUCGCUCUCUAACACACACACACACGCACGUACACAAUCACACACAUACAGAAACACACACACACACGGGGUGUAUUGUCAGCGAGGGACGUUGUCGUGCUUGGGUCGUAGUCGUAGCACAUCCAUCAAAAGAGCGUCGGGACUCGGAAGUGUGUACGGUGGUGAGUUUCUCUCUUUUGCUCCAAGCUGUCAGUCGGCUGUCCCACUUCUGCUUCAAGCUGCAGGAUGGUGACGCCGUGGCAAGGUGCGUGGCUGAGUUGGGAGAGUGGUGGAGUUGGGAGAGUGGGGUAAUUCUUCUUCAAGCUGCAUGGCGCCGAUGGCGGUGUUCCAACUUCCAAGCCGUCAGAUAACUGUCGGACUUCAUCUUCAAGCUGCAGGGUGAUGUUUACUAUAUUUCCAGGACGUCAAGGCCAGAUCGACUCUCCCUGAGUCCCUGAUGCUCGAUAGUGAAUGCUACUACGGUGGGUAGGGACGACUUAGGAAGUUAGGAUUGUGGGUAAGGGCAACUUGGCAAGUCCCCCUGCACAAGGAGGCUGGCGCGUACUAGACAGUCUUGACGUCUUGACGAAACAUGUUGCGUAAAGUUGGCGCUGUAUGACCUCUGUUGAUGACUAUCAUGUAUGUGUCCGGGGAAGCCAUACUGCACA